AUGAAUAUUCUUCACAGAGUGUUGGUGGUGGAGUUUUCACGACUUUCUGAACCUCUUGAUGAAAAGGGCACACCCCUGCUGUUGUCAUGGCAAUCCCUGCGCUUUCGGCUCACCAUCGCCUUCUCUAAUGUGAAUGGGGAGCUUGACCGUGAGGGGGCGGCUCUGAUGGCGGCGAUGGGAGAAAGUGACUUUCACCUGAUGUGGCGGAAGCUCUUUCACACGGUGCGCAUCGUGCCAGUUAUAUUGGGGUCUGCAGCGUCGUCGUCAGCUGGCAAGACACAAAACCUGCCAGAGCCGGAAUCCCGUGCGACAACAGCCAGUGGAUUGCAACAUGGUGUGGGGUGUUUCUUCUCCUUUGGAGUCCCGCAGUUUUGGGAGAAUCGGGCCCCUGCUGAAAAAAAUGCUCAAUUUUUGGCGUCGAGCGUGAUGGCUACCGCAGGGAAAAUCCUCACCGUGGCGGCGGAGCAGUGUGAUGAGGCUGUCGUGGCUCCGGCGGAGGUAUUGAAAGCCGAGAUGCCGAAACCAUAUUUAAAAGGGGCUGUACCAAGUCAUCUCCAUUGCACAUACACGUUUAGCUACGCCUUACCAGAACUUGAGGAUUUUCAUGGACCCUUAACAUUGGGUUUUGUGUUGCUGCUUUCUUUUCCCAAUGGUAGUGGGAAGGGUGGUACGGAUAGAGAGGGGGAUGAUGAUUUCAAUGAUGAUGUUCUCCUCCGCGCGCUUGUUCCUGUGGAGGAUCAGAGAAUGGCGUGGUAUCGUCCCUCUUACGUGGUGCUGGGGACAUGUUACUACCGGGCCCACGUAAGUAAGCUGCUAUGCUGUUCCUCUGAAGCCCGACGAGUGUCUCGGUAUCGUGUUUUGGUGAAUGUCAAUGUGGUGAACAUUGCUGGCAUUUCUGUGCGUGUACAGCAGGUCUUUUUUGACAUCUUUUCCACCUGGAUUGGGAAUAGUCUUGGGAGCCUUUCCAGCGUCCCGUUGUGGUCGGAGCAGAGGGCCGGACCACGGAGUGGGGAUUUGAAAUACAUAGAACUUCUGCGGCGUGUCGUCACGGUAACACCAGUUGUGGUGCAUGAGUUUUGUGCUCCAGUGAUGCUGGAACCAGAGGAGUCUAUGAACUUCCAGUUUGCCAUUCAACUGCUACCCCACUUGUGUUACCUCUUUGAACCAAACUCACUUGAAAGCGUGUACGGUAAGUUUCUCAGGGGUUAUAUGGAGGAUGUGGCUGAAGAGGAAAUAAAGACUGUCCUUUCUUCUCCCUCUGGUCCAAUGCACAUUUCCUCUCAACGCAUCACCACCUCGUCCACUUCUGUAGGGUCAUUAAAGCCAGUCGCUGUUGCUACUGGAGCAACAGAUGAGAUUUCUUGCGAAGAACUGCUUCAACUGAUGUCAUUCACUUUUACCUCACAUGUGUAUGUGUAUUACGAAGCUAUUUCACCCACAAGUAAGGCUUGCAGUGAGGAAGCAAACAGAAGCAUAAAUGGGGAUGGCAUAUACGCUAGUCUUCAAUUGCGCCAUCCGGUACAUUGGUCAAUGGGUCUGCCGUAA